GUCGCCGCGUAUCCUGCCUCCGUCAGUACCGAAGGUAACUCCGUGCGUAAAGCUCUUGGACACCAGACGGACAUCGUACAGUUUCAACCUCUGCUUCUCUUCUCCGAAGACCGAAACCGAAUAAAAUCAGUCCUCGGCGUUUCAAGAAACAAACGGGAAACAGUUAAUGAUUUAAAGCAGUUUUUUUUCGUUUUUUUUUUUUUUUUUUAAUAAUAUGUAUUUUGUGGCUCUCACCAGUGCAGUUUUUCCUAACAGCCAAUGCCUCGCACCCAAGGCGCUGCACUGACUCGGUUAAAUUAUAAAGAGUAAACAAUGUGCAAAGCAAAUGAAGGAUGCGAGCUAACUGUGGAUGCUCUUGGAUUUAACAGCCGGUGCCUGUAAAAACAAAGAUUCAGUUAAACUUAUGGCGUGAAGGGCCCGUUCUUGGCCUUCGUCACUCACAGCUAAUGGAUGUCUUUACCCAGUAUGCCUACAAUGACAGUUUCAAUGAUAAUGGGACAUGGAGCUUCAACGAAACAGAUCAAGAGCACAAGCACCCUUACAACUACUAUGCCAUGCUGCUUACUCUGCUCAUCUUUGUCAUCGUCUUCGGCAACGUGCUGGUGUGCAUAGCUGUGUCCAGAGAGAAGGCCCUGCAGACCACCACCAACUACCUGAUCGUCAGCCUGGCUGUUGCUGACCUUCUAGUGGCCACACUGGUCAUGCCAUGGGUUGUCUACUUAGAGGUAGUGGGAGAGUGGCGCUUUAGCAAAAUCCACUGUGACAUCUUUGUCACUCUGGAUGUGAUGAUGUGUACAGCCAGCAUCCUCAAUCUCUGUGCCAUCAGCAUUGAUCGUUACACAGCAGUUGCAAUGCCAAUGCUGUACAACACUCGUUACAGCUCCAGGAGACGGGUCACAGUCAUGAUCUCGGUGGUGUGGGUACUGUCUUUCGCCAUAUCAUGUCCCCUAUUGUUUGGCCUAAAUAACACAGCUACUCGGGAUGAGUCUCUCUGUGUGAUCGCCAAUCCGGCCUUUGUGGUGUACUCCUCCAUCGUGUCCUUCUAUGUUCCCUUCAUCAUCACUCUGCUGGUUUAUGUGCAAAUUUAUGUGGUCCUGAGGAAGCGCAGAAAACGUGUAAACACCAAACCGAAGCAGCACAUCUGUCAGGCUCCUGACCCUGAUGGGGCCACUUCGCUGAAGGAUAAGUGCACUCAUCCAGAGGAUGUGAGGUUGUGCACCAUGAUUGUCAAAUCCAAUGGGAGUUUUCCUGGCAACAAGAAGAAAGUGAUAUUCAUUAAAGAUGUAGUCAAUGAGGGGGAAGAUCUGGAGCUGGAUGAGCUGAACAACAGUGGCAGCAGCCAGAAACGGAAGCAGCAACCACAGUGUGCUCCUGGAGACACUCCGGCCACCAGUCACCAGCUGUUGAUGCCUAACAAGACCAACGCUAGCCCCUGCACCUCCACACCUCCCACACCCCCUCAGGAGCGCCAGAAAGCAGAAAAGAACGGCGAUCCCACCAAGGAGGCCCAGGGGGAUCCAGCACCCGUUGUGACCAAAGCCUUCCAGACGCAGGCCUUACCUAAUGGCAAGACUCAGACCUCUGUGAAAACCAUGAGCAAGAGAAAGAUCUCCCAGCAGAAGGAGAAAAAGGCCACUCAGAUGUUAGCCAUCGUCCUUGGUGUGUUCAUCAUUUGCUGGCUGCCAUUUUUCAUCACACAUAUCUUGAACACCCACUGCACAAAAUGCAAGGUUCCUGCUGAGAUGUAUAAUGCUUUCACUUGGCUGGGCUACGUGAAUAGUGCCGUAAAUCCCAUUAUAUACACCACCUUUAAUGUUGAGUUCAGAAAGGCAUUCAUUAAGAUCUUGCACUGCUAAACUGCGGCAUCACUUGUCUAAUCAGACUGAGGGAAGAGCGAUGAAUAAAAUCCUCUCUUCUGGCGAAUACCUCAUCCUGUCAAGGAAAAGGCACCUUGCAAACUGCGAUCUGCUUUUUAAAGUUAUGGAGCUGAGUGACUGAAAAACUGAAGUGUCUUAUUGAAAGGCUUGUUGGCUCUACAGUACAUGUGAAUUGUUUGUGGAGUCCUGUUCUCCAAAUCACUGAAUGUAAAACAAGAAAUGUCUGUAACAAUGACCUGUUUCAUGGAGAAAAGGCAAAUGUAACAUUGUUCUUUAAAAUCAUUGUACUUGUCACAUAAGGAGCCAUUUGUGUAUACCACACACAUACAAGUUGCAAACUGCUAUUUAUUGUGUGUGUACUUUGUGUUUUCAUCGUGGAAAUUUUCUACAAAUCUUAUAAAUAUCAAGUCAGUGUUCAUUGCAGUGUUAAAACUGAUGUGUGAGCUCUUAAUCUUAAAACCUAUUACUGAUUGGAAUGUGUUAAAGACGAGAGACAAUUUACUUGCUGUAUGAUGUGGCUAUGCCAAUAUCCACAUAUUUGCAAUUUUAUAAAUUGAAAAAUCACAUUAUUAUGAUUAUUAUUAUUAUUAUUAUUAUUAUUAUUAUUAUUAUUGUGAGUAUUAUUUGCUGUACAUAGUUUUCUUAAAACAUUAACUGUGAUUAUACGCCUGCAAGGAAAUGUGAUGCAUGCUACACUGCUCCUCUACUUGACUUCUUAUAAAAUGUAUGUUUAACAUAAAACAAAAGAUUUACAAUAAAUGAAGUUCUGAGACACUGUUAAGUGCCAUAUUAAUAUCAGUGUUUCCCAUGUGUGUAUACAGAUACACUCAAAUGUAUUGAUAUUACUCAGCAGCCUCUCUCUUUUUCCCCAAGAAUAGUUUUCAGUUUGAGUAAUGUUGUUUACUGGAAGUAACUCGGAGCACUGCUGCAGCAGAGUUGUUCCGUGGCAAACUAAUGACCUGUAUGUCGACUUUGCAGCUUUGAGGUAUAAUCAUGUGGCUGUGUGCAACCCCUGAAGCAGCUCCCCGGGGCCUUUGCUGAGUAAGAAUGAGGUAAACUUGGCAAAACUAAAAUAAUAGAUUCAGCAAUUACAUCUGUGUAUUGUUAGGGCCGGAAAAUGCUGCAUUUCAUUUUAGUUUAACAAACACAUUAUCAACAAAGUAUAUCAAAAAUAUGUUGAUGUUUUGAUGAAUAUCAGCCAGAGAGCACUUCAGCUUAAGUGAAAUCACAAAACUCUGUCACUGUCAGGCGCUGUAGUCCAAUUUAGAAGAGAAAAUAAAGUCUGCCAAAAAGUGUUUUUUCAUGAUGGAAUAUGUGUGGGAAUCUGUGUAAAACACAUCUUUCUUGUCCAGAUGCUGGGUCCAAAAAGUGUAUGGUGAUUUCUGCUUUCCAAAGACUCGCAACAAUGUGGAAUUCAUAAAAAGUUUUAUUUUAUUACAAUUAUUAUUUAUUUCGAGAAAGAAAAUACAACAUUUUGAGGCCACAUUGGCUCUUCAGGUACACAGAGGUAUCAAACUGACUGUGUGUGUCAUUAAACAGUCCCAGGCCCUCCCAUGAGAAAUGUGAUGCAUGCUGGGGAGUUACACCUUGGAAGAUCAUGCUGUCUUAAUCACCCUUAAUUGAAUUGAUAUUUGUGUUGGACUUUACUCCUUUGAUUGUUCCUUUAGUGAUUUGUGAUUUUGUAUAUAUUUGUGUAAUUAUUUGAAUUCAUUCCUUGAUAAUAUUUUGGAUUGCUGCUUUUGUGAUAAAUUACCUAUGUGUACACAGGUUGUGUUGGUUAACAUCACACUGGUCCUGGAGCUGUGGCCAUACCCAUGGGAGGAACUGAGACUAUUUCUUCAGUUGAAUACAUCUGUGACUGAUGAAGACCCAAUUUAGGCUCAAAACAUUGUACCUUUUCUUAAUGUUAUAAAGUUCAAAGUAUUUCAAGGGAAGCUUUCAACACUGUUGCAAGUUAUAUGGAAACACAAUAUUUGAAAAAGAUAAUGUUGUUGAAAUGGAGAAAAAAAUCUAAAUUGACAAAAGGAAAUAAACAUUUUAAAAUAAAACCUUACAGUCUAUGUUGCAUGCUUGCAUGUUGACAAGCAGGGUUAGAAUCCAGUUGAUGGACAUCCCCAUGUCUUGGACAGGGAGGGAUAGUGUAAUGUGAAUUUCAGUCUUUCAUUAGUUUACCUCACUGAUACAUUAUUACAGUGUAACAUCAUUCUUUGUGAUGACCAAAGUCAGACCAAAAAAAUCCUAGCAUUGCAUCCUUUUCAGAAAA